AUGGUCGUAGAGACAUCCGGAUUUUUUGCAAACGCCUUUUUCGUCGAAAUUGACAGGAUUCCGUAAAAGUAGUUUUCCGAGAUUUGAAACGAGACUUUUGGAAAGAAAAGAAGGAAAUCUUGUCGAAGGAACCACAUCUGCCUCUAAUUUCAAGUUUCUCAUCAAUAAAGCUGUUUUCUCCAAGUUACCGGCAGUCAUUACGAAAAUCUUGUGAUGAGGGGUUCUUUGUUCCGCGAGGAUAGGCGGUAAAGUUUUAAUUCGGUUGACAGAAUGCCGGUUAAAGUCGAUGUUGUGCCACCACCACCCGCGAAUUCAAAGCAACCGGGUGUUACUAAAUCUCUGCUUUACAAUGGCUCGAGAUUUCAAGGAUCCCAAAAGUCCAAGGGCAACAGCUACGAGGUGGAAGUUGUUUUGCAGCAUGUAGAUGAGGAAAACAGUUACCUGUGUGGAUAUCUUAAGAUAAAAGGUUUAACGGAGGAAUUUCCAACGCUAACAACAUUUUUUGAUGGCGAAAUUAUUUCCAAAAAAUAUCCAUUUUUAACGCGAAAGUGGGACGCGGACGAAGAUGUGGAUAAAAAACAUUGGCUCAAAUUUGAAUCCUUUAGUCAAUAUGGAAAAAAUUUUAAUUCCGAUACUUUCGACUACGAAGCGUUGAAAGGAACGGAUUUUGUCUUCAUGAGGUGGAAGGAACACUUUCUCGUUCCGGAUCACAAAAUCACCGAUAUAAAUGGGGCCUCUUUUGCAGGCUUUUAUUACAUUUGUUUCCAAAAAUCGGCAGCUUCUAUUGAGGGUUAUUAUUAUCAUCGCAACUCGGAAUGGUAUCAAUCUCUAAAUUUAACACAUGUACCAGAGCACAGCAUACAGAUCUACGAGUUCAGGUGAAAGCGAAAUCUGCUGCUCAAUUUAAUCGACCCUCCAAUGUUUCUAAACUCAUCGCCUCAUAAGACACAGAUCUCAUAAAAUUUCCCGUUUAUAGAUCGCAUAGACCUAUUGCUAUCGUCCAAUUCGCGCUGUUUUUUUUUCUACUAGGGAACGAUUGUGAUGCGGUAAAGAAAAUCUCUUUUUAUCGGAUGACGCACGAGCAUUCACGAAUUUCGAGUGAAUUAGGUGCACGACUCUUAAGAUUCCAUAUUGGAGGCAAAGACGGUAUGUUAUUGAUGCGGUAGUGAUGGCGAACCGAGUGCCUCGACGAGUGAUACGCUAGCUAAUUAACGAUUAUACAAAUAUUUGCUGUAAAGAGUUUUAUCUGAAUACAUUAAUUGAUAUUUUUUUAUCAAUUCAAA